AUGGAAUUACAAAAUAAAUACGACAUGUUUUUCGAAGAAAAUCCCGAUGGAGAAGCGGGACUCUGUGGAUCCAUAUUGGUUUUCUUAUCAUGGGUUCUUAUAAUAUUAACGAUGCCAUUUUCACUUUUCGUUUGUUUUAAAGUCGUUCAGGAAUACGAAAGAGCCGUCAUUUUUCGUUUGGGAAGAUUAUUAUCGGGAGGAGCUAAAGGACCAGGAAUAUUCUUCAUACUUCCCUGUGUCGAUAAUUAUGCAAAAGUCGAUCUUCGAUCGAGUGUUUUCGAUAUUCGACCACAAGAGGUAUUGACAAAGGACAGCGUGACAGUAUCAGUGGAUGCAGUUGUUUACUACAGAGUAUGCAACGCGACCAUAUCCGUUGCCAACGUUGAAAACGCGCAUCAUUCGACGCGUCUUUUAGCGCAGACGACGCUUCGUAACACGAUGGGAACAAGAUUGUUAAGCGAAAUAUUAAGCGAAAGGGAAAACAUAUCACAAGUCAUGCAAUCCGCGUUGGACGAUGCAACCGUCGCUUGGGGCAUCAAAGUCGAAAGAGUCGAAAUAAAAGACGUACGAUUACCGAUACAAUUACAAAGAGCCAUGGCAGCCGAAGCGGAAGCAUCGAGAGAAGCUCGUGCCAAAGUUAUAGCAGCAGAAGGUGAACAAAAAGCAUCGAGAGCAUUAAGAGAAGCAUCUGAAGUUAUUGGCGAUUCUCCAGCAGCUCUCCAGCUCAGGUAUUUACAGACGCUGAACACGAUAUCCGCUGAAAAAAAUUCAACGAUUGUAUUUCCGCUACCGAUCGAUAUAUUAACAUAUUUUAUGAAAGCAACACAAGCACAUCAACAAACGAUGACGCAAUAA